AUGAUCCCGGUGGUCUGGAGGAAAGGCUUCGGCUCACUCAAGAGCUUCAUCCUCCGCGCCUCGGAUAGGGGAGGCACCGCAUCGCGCCGGCCGCAGAUCUCAGCCCCGUCCGACUUUCGCCACCUACAGAGCGGCUCAGGCUGCAUGCCGCAGACAUAUUCCCCGGAGCAGAUGGCUCUAGGACGUGCCCCGGAGGCACCGCCGGUCCAGCUGAGGCCGCGACCAAAUCGCCAGGCGCGACCGUCAUCAUUCCGUCCCAUAGAACUCAGUAUAUAUCAGAGGAACAGCCGACGCAUAUCUUCGAUGCUCUCGUUCCUCGAGUUCCCCGGCAUGGCAGUUACGCCGCCCGAACCCGCCCAGCUUCGGGAACGCCUGGACGAGGACCACCAGCUCGUGCGUCACCAGCGGGCCAACUCGACUGUACCACCUUUCCACCUUCCGCUCCGGCCAGCGACAGACUCCGGGACUUCGAGCCUGCAGGCGUCCAGCGAUGAGCAGGAGCAGGAGCACGGCACUCCGCCCCCGGUCCCGGAAAAGUCGCAGGCCCGGGAGCGCGCUUACACGUCUCCUGACGUCGAAAGCAUAAGGGCGCGCAUCGCCCAAGCCAUGGCCGAGGCGGAACGGCUGCAGCAGCGCAUCGACAAUGUCAUCGAGCGGCAGAGCAUAUACUCGGCCAGUCGGCCGUCGACAGCUCACUCGAUGACCGGGGCCAUGUCCGAGCUAGAGCCCAUGCCAUCCAUCCCUGCGCUGCCACCGCCCGCCCCGUCGUUUGCCGAGCGUCUGAACUGCGAGUUUGAGAGACCGCGGACGACCCCGCCCAAGAUGGAAGUCAGCGGGCCCAGCAGGCCCAGCAGGCACCAUCCCGACGCCAACCGCAACGGCGACGACGGCGAUUACUACCAGGUGAUCGACGACAUCGACUCCGACACCCCGCCGCUGUCGUCACUGCCCCCUCCCCCGCUGCCAAUGGUUCUCCGCCCCCCUCCGCUGCGCAAGAAGAAGUCCUUCUCCCGCGUAUCCAACUGGCUCUUCCCUCGGGACCAGCGGCAGCAGCGCGAGCGAGAGAGCCAGGGCCAGCACAGCCGUGACAUCAGCCUCGACUCCAUCACCAACCUCGCCCGACCCGUCAAGGGAACGCAGGGCUUCUACCAGUGCGUCGCACCCGGUGGUCAGGGCCACGACUCGUUCGACUCGAUGGCCACCAUCUCCACGUGGGAUUCCGAGGACUGUCCGCCUACGCUGCCCAAUGCGUCGUCGCCGGUGUGCGGUGGUGCGUCUGGGCCUGUCAAGGUGCAGGACCUACCUCGACUUGGGCGUGUGGGAACGUUUGGGACCGGAUGA